CUAGUGCACACUAGUGCAUGCAGUGCAUGCACACCACAGAAGAGGCAGAUCACACACACACCAUACAUAUUAUACACACAGGUGCACCAUCGCAAUUUAUCGCACACGUAUGUCGGGUGUUAUUCGAAUCAGCUGAUUCCAGCCGGUAUAAUGGAUGCUUUUAUGUCCGGAAAGUCUUGGAAUUUGAAAUAAAGCGUUUUCUUUUAUUAGUACUAAUGGCGAGAAAAAAAACAUAUGCACUUUUAAUCCAAGAAACAUUCCUCAAGUAUCAAGAGAUCGGCAAUGUACAAUAUACGAAAUAAAACUGUAAUGAUUACUGGAGCAGCUAGUGGAUUAGGCUACAAGUAUGCCGAAAUAUUGCUUCGCAAUGGUGCAAAAAGUGUUGCCAUGAUCGACUUACCAACAUCGAACGGUCAAAAUGCAGCAACCACCUUAGAGAAUGAAUUUGGAAAGGGUCGUGUCGUCUUCAUUGUCUGCGACGUGACAAAGGCUGAUGAUCUGAAGAAGACAUUCGAGAAAAUCGUUGACGCGUUCGAAGGGCUAGACAUUCUUAUCAACAACGCCGGUAUGUUAAACGAUAAACACUGGGAACAAACAAUCAACCUUAAUGUUAACGCAGUAAUUCGUGGCUCUUUGUUGGCGUUUGACUAUAUGGGAAAGCAUAAGGGCGGCAAGGGUGGCGUAAUCGUGAACGUUGCAUCCGUGGCUGGACUGCGCCCUAGUCAUUAUAUUCCAAUGUAUACUGCUACGAAACAUGCCGUCCUUGGAUUUAGCCAAUCUUUGGCAACCAUGUAUGACAAGACCGGAGUGAGAGUCGUUAUCAUGUGUCCGGGUCUUACAGCGACGAAUAUAGUAGCAAAUAUCACAGAUAAGAUCUGCGACUCCGUCCACGCUGUGGUAGGCGACAGCAUUAAUGCUCGUAUGGAAAACUGUCUGAAACAGACAACCGAGAAUGUAGCACUUGCAAUGUUAGAUCUCAUUCAGAAGGGUGAAAACGGAGCGGCUUGGGUCAGCGAAGAUAAUCAACCGCCAUAUGCAGUGGACUUUCCUCAUUAUUCCAAGCGAUCUCUACCUGUAUAAAGUAGAUAUUUGAUAACUUGUUUUACUUUCUUUUUAAUCAAUUUAUACGAUGACUAUAUAACAAUUAUAAUGUGUUGCAUCUCUCAAAUACAUAUAUGUAGAAAAUGUAUACUAAUAUAAAUUUAAAAUAAACAAUAAACGUAUUACAAUUGAAUUGAUUA